GUUUUGAUUAGUAUUUUAAACUGUCAACACAAGUUUCUCUGGAGCAGAUGUUUUCCUAACGCCUCAAGCUUGGCUGAAAACCGACUUUGCUGGAAUGCUUUAAAGGGUUAAAACCCUUUAGGGUUUGCCACAAUUGUAAUUAAUUGAUUGAAGGAAAUAUUUCUGGCAUCACCAAAGAAAUAGCUGGGAUCAUGGAUCAGAACAACAGCUUGCCACCGUAUGCUCAAGGCUUAGCCUCCCCUCAGGGCGCCAUGACUCCGGGAAUUCCAAUCUUUAGCCCGAUGAUGCCGUACGGCACAGGCCUGACCCCGCAGCCUGUCCAGAGCACCAACAGCCUGUCCCUGCUGGAGGAGCAGCAGCAGCAGCAAGCGGCGCAGCAGUCCACGUCUCAGCAAGGCGCGCAGGCAGCGGCCGGCCAGGCGCCCCAGCUCUUCCAUUCACAGACUCUCACCACGGCCCCCUUGCCAGGAACCACCCCGCUCUACCCCUCUCCCAUGACGCCCAUGACUCCUAUAACUCCUGCAACGCCGGCGUCCGAGAGCUCCGGCAUCGUGCCGCAGCUGCAGAAUAUUGUGUCCACGGUUAAUCUUGGUUGCAAACUUGACCUAAAAACCAUUGCACUUCGUGCCCGAAAUGCUGAAUAUAACCCCAAGCGUUUUGCUGCUGUUAUCAUGAGAAUAAGAGAACCUCGUACUACUGCACUUAUAUUCAGCUCUGGAAAAAUGGUGUGCACGGGAGCAAAAAGUGAAGAGCAGUCCAGACUGGCAGCAAGGAAGUAUGCUAGAGUUGUCCAGAAAUUGGGUUUUCCAGCAAAAUUUUUGGAUUUUAAAAUUCAGAACAUGGUGGGGAGCUGUGAUGUAAAAUUUCCCAUCAGAUUAGAAGGAUUGGUACUUACACACCAGCAGUUCAGGAGCUAUGAGCCGGAAUUGUUUCCUGGCUUAAUCUACAGAAUGAUCAAGCCGAGAAUUGUUCUGCUUAUUUUUGUUUCUGGAAAAGUGGUUUUAACUGGUGCUAAAGUCCGAGCAGAAAUCUAUGAAGCGUUUGAAAACAUCUAUCCUAUUUUAAAGGGAUUCAGAAAGACAACGUAACAGUUUCUACAAAUUUUGGAGAAAGCGGGGGUACAUUUUAAAAGGUAUUGCGUAUGGCACAGCAGUAACAAGAGAUGGACAUU